CCCCCGACCCCUCGGGCCGCCCGGGCUGCGGGCUGCUACGAGCAGGGCUGGCGGGACGCGGGGGGAGGAGCGCGGCGCAGCGCGGGGAGCGGCCAGAGUAUGGCUUCCAUUUUACCUGCUUCUAAUAGACCCAUGAGACCGGACAAGAAUGCCUAUGAGGGAAAACGGUCUGUAUAUGUUAAGAAUCCUUACCUGGAUGCUAUGGAUGAAGACAUUCUCUAUCACUUGGAUUUAGGAACCAAAACACACAACCUUCCAGCAAUGUUUGGGGAUGUAAAGUUUGUCUGCGUUGGUGGGAGCCCCAACAGAAUGAAAGCAUUUGCACAGUUUAUGCACAAGGAACUCCAGUUGGAGGGGGACAGAGAAGACAUUGAAGACAUCUGUGCAGGGACAGACAGAUAUUGCAUGUUCAAAACAGGCCCUGUGCUCUCCAUCAGUCAUGGGAUGGGCAUCCCCUCCAUUUCUAUCAUGCUCCAUGAACUCAUCAAGUUACUGCACCAUGCACACUGCUGUGACGUUACCAUCAUCAGAAUCGGAACGUCAGGGGGAAUUGGGAUUGCCCCAGGGUCUGUUGUAAUAACAGAUACGGCUGUAGACUCUUUCUUCAAGCCUCGGUUUGAGCAGAUCAUCUUGGACAACGUGGUGACCCGAAGCACUGAACUUGACAAGGAACUGGCUGCUGAUUUGCUCAACUGUAGCAAAGAGAUCCCCAACUUCCCGACCCUCAUCGGACACACGAUGUGUACCUACGAUUUCUAUGAAGGCCAGGGCCGCCUAGAUGGAGCGUUAUGUUCCUUUUCACGAGAAAAAAAGCUAGACUACUUGAGAAGAGCCUACAAAGCUGGCGUCAGGAACAUCGAGAUGGAGUCGACGGUGUUCGCAGCCAUGUGUGGACUGUGUGGUCUGAGAGCUGCCGUGGUCUGCGUGACACUUCUUGACAGACUCGAGAGUGACCAAAUCAAUUUGUCCCAUGAUGUCCUGGUGGAGUACCAGCAACGGCCACAGCUCCUAAUCUCCAAUUUCAUCAAAAAACAGCUUGGACUUUGUAGCCAGAUGUCCCACCCAUCUCCUAACGCAACAGCUUGA